CUUUGCCCUGCUGUGGGCAGCAAGGAGGGAGAAGUACUUCUCUAUUACUGUUACUGUGAGGUAAAGGAUCCAGAGAAACUCUGUGCUUGGCAAAAGGCUCUGUGCCAACAUCUCCACCUGACUGGCAAGGUACGAGUUGCUUCAGAGGGAAUUAAUGGAACAGUUGGCGGAAGCAAAGUAGCUACUAAUCUCUACAUUGAAGUUAUGCUCGCCCAGCCGCUAUUCAAAGACCUUUUGUGUCGAGAUGAUUUCAAGAGCAGUGCAGGAGGAGCUCACUGUUUUCCAGACCUUCGAGUUGGAGUAUUUGAAGAAAUUGUACCUAUGGGCAUUGAUCCAAAAAAAGUGUCUUAUAAAGAAACUGGAAUCCAUCUAUCCCCUCAAGAGUUUCAUAGAGAAGUAGAACAAUAUUUGUCUCAGGCUAAUCAAGGACAAAGUGAUACUAUCUUACUGGACUGUAGAAACUUCUAUGAAAGUAAAAUAGGACAUUUCCAGGGCUGUCUGGCUCCAGAUAUCAGGAAAUUCAGCUAUUUUCCCAGCUAUGUAGAUGAAAACCUGGAGCUUUUUAAAAACAAGCGUGUCCUGAUGUACUGCACAGGAGGGAUCCGCUGUGAAAGAGGCUCUGCUUACCUACGGAGCAAGGCAGUGUGCAGAGAGGUUUACCAGCUCAAAGGUGGGAUUCACAAGUACCUGGAAGAGUUUCCAGAUGGAUUCUACAGGGGGAAGCUGUUUGUAUUUGACGAUCGUUAUGCCAUUUGUUCCAAUGAAGAUAUCAUCUCAGCAUGCAGAUACUGUGGGACUCUGUGGGACCAAUAUAAACUUUGUUCCAGCCAGCACUGCCGGCAGCUCGUCCUGACAUGCCCAAGUUGUCGCAAGAAAGGGCUUACAGCUUGCUGUCCUGUUUGUCAAGAGAAGGAGCUCAAGGUGACUUCAAGGGCUUCAGGACAGACAAUUAAGGAGGAAUGUGAAUGUACAAAGAGACGGCCAAGGGUACCUAUUGAACAUAUCGCACAAAGCACACUGGACACAGAAAAAGAUUAAACUGUUUCUUCAGCUAGUUUCACAUUUGAUACUUGGGCUAAUGGGAUGGACUUCUAAAACCAGAUCCCUCUCUGUUAUUGCAAUUAGGUUUGGAUAUCACCAUAAUUUGUUGGCUUGGCAAGUCUUGCUCCUACCUUGCACUUAGGUCGAGUACGCCCUGAAAACUGUCCAUUACUUGAGUGUAACUUACCAGAGUGGCCGAUCCAUUACUAUUGCUGCAGGAUUUUUCUACCUGGGUGCAGUCUUGCACUGUGGCUUCUCUCUUGGGGAUUUUGCAGAAGAAUGGGUUGGGGACACAGCUGUUCACAAUUCAAAAGAAACUGAAGAGACAGAAGAACAAUUCCAUGCUGUUUCUCCUCUAAUUGAUUGUUGUGCAUGUAUGGAGGUGGAUUUGUCUUACUUCUCCACUGAUUGUGCAGCUUCAAUAGCUACUGCUAGGGUGAUGAAGACUGCAUAUGCUUUAAUUUCUGGGUGUGUGACCAGAUUAGACUUGCUUUUUACUGAUGUGAAGCAAGCAACAUUUACCAUGAAGUCAUUGACUUGACUCCCAUGUAAAACUACUUAAAGGCAGGGUGAGGACGCCUGCCUUAACUGGAGCAAAGGCUGAGGACGUGCGUUGCCCACAGACGCUGUCUGCCCAGCCUCACUUGUUGUGUACGACCUGUUGGACUAGCAGCAAACGUAACCCUCGUUGUGAUGCUCUGCCACCCCGGGAACUGUUGAUAUCCCUCAGCCUGUCAGUAUGUGAAAUAUCCAGGGCUCAGCUCUGCUUGCACUGGAAAAAAAAAUCAACAGCUUGAAGCGUGUUGAAAUUGAGACACUCAGAGAGGAGAGCACAGAGACUGCCAAAAUACCAGCAUUGUGGCACUAGAAGCGAAGUGAAAGCGGGCAUCUGUGCAUAAACGCCAGCAACAGCUAUAAGGAGACUGCCAGAUCAUUUAUCCAAGCUAAAUAAUCCAAGAUUUGGGGAGCAUUUGUGCUUUGUAAACAUGGGUUGAGCUUUUUUUUAAAAGCUGAGAGAUGUUUAUGCCAUUUCCAGCUUCUGUUAGUGGAGAAAUUGUCUCUGACUUUGGAAUCCACAGCAUAGGAACUCAAAAUACUGCCUGCUGCUUUGAGUGCCUGAUGCUGUAGAAUGUACUGAGAGGCUUUGUUAAUAGUGUGGGGGACGUGUCAUGACUGAAUAAGAUCUUUGAAACUUACUCUCAUUUUUGGUACUAAAUUAUUAGUCAUUAGGAAAUCAAAAUCCGUUAACUUUUUUAUCAUUUUUUUACUGGCAACUGCCUUUAAAGACAAGAAAACAGUUUACUCAGGUUCCUGCAGUUGCUUAGGGUCAGUUAGGGCAGUGUUAUUUUAAUAUACGUUGUAACCUUCUCCCACAGUGCUACGAAUUCAGCAUGGCCUCGUUGGUGACUUGACUGGCAGAUAAGGACAAGGGCAUUCAUUCCGUUAAAGCCAUUGCAAGGCACGUCUUCUUACUUCCAGUGUUGCUGCCAUGAACAGCAACGGCUAUGUUGCCACCAUGUUCAGCAAUUGUCUUUGUAACGGUUCCUUUCAAGAAGCAAGAAUUUGAAACUAAUGAAUAUCUAUUUUGUGGCUCUUUCCAGGAUGGCAUUUAAAAAUAGUAAUUCUGAGUGUGAUCCAAAGUAGAGAAGCAUUUAGAAAACUCCCAUCAGCAGACAUCUUC